GAGCUGUGUCUCCUCUGUCCUCCUCCAACCCCAGCAGCCUCCCUGGGAAGAUGUCACCUGUCCUGAUUCUCCUGACCUUUCUUCUGCCACUUGGAGCUGGUGCAGAGGAGAUCAUCGGGGGCCAUGAGGUUAAGCCUCACUCCCUCCCCUACAUGGCAUUUAUUCAGUCUGAGAAGAAGAGUCACUGUGGAGGCUUCCUGGUGCGAGACAACUUCGUGCUGACAGCUGCUCACUGCCUGGGAAGCUCAAUGAAAGUCACCCUGGGAGCCCACAACAUCAAGGCACAGGAGGAGACCCAGCAGAUCAUCCCUGUGGCAAAAGCCAUUCCACACCCUGACUAUAAUCCUCAGGACCGCUCCAACGACAUCAUGCUCCUAAAGCUGGAGAGGACAGCCAAGAGGACUAAGGCUGUGAGGCCCCUCAACCUGCCCAGGCGCAUGGUCCAUGUGAAGCCAGGUGACACGUGCUAUGUGGCUGGCUGGGGAAAGAUGGCCCCACAAGGGAAAUACCCAAACACACUUCAAGAGGUGGAGUUGACCAUGCAGAAGGAUCAGGAGUGUGAGUCCCGAUAUCCAGCUUAUUACAAGGCCAUAGAGAUGUGUGUGGGGGACGCAAAGGUCAAGCGAGCUGCCUUUCAGGGAGAUUCUGGAGGGCCUCUUGUGUGUAAGAAAGCAGCUGCAGGCAUUGUAUCCUUUGGAUCUGAUGAUGGUUCACCGCCUGAAGUCUUCACCAGGGUCUCAAGUUUCCUAUCCUGGAUAAAGAAAACGAUGAAACGCAGCUAACGAGGGAGCAAACCAGACCCCUCCCUGAUUCACCAUCUUCCCUAGGCUGAGUCCAGGGUUGUCCUAGGUCAGAAGCCAGAAACUCAAUAAAGU